UCUUGCACUACCAAUAAUGAUAAUAAAAAAAACAAAGUCUUCCUUUACAUGCACCUCAAAACGUACUAAAUUAAACACCAUAUUUAGCAUCGAAGUAUCAACAGGAUAAGUUUCAAAUGAACCCCCUGUGACAGAUGCACAGUUUCGCUCAUGUAUCAGUGUGAACAUCACAGGAAGUGUGAGGUCAGUAACCACAACUUUUUUCCAUGAACUGCAGCUUUAACUUUUGUAUUGUGAGGCAGCAAAUUCAACAAAAGAAAACCACUCCGGUAGACAGAUGUUCGCAUAAACGUUUUAAGUUUUAAAGUUUUACAAGACAAGCAGGCGGCUCUGUAUACACAAUACAGACACAAUGAAACUUUUGCUUCUGGAAUCUUUACACCAUGCCACCAAAGAAGAAAGGGAAAGGAAACAGCAAAAAGGAAAAGUCCAAAAAGAGCACACCAGAAAAAGAUGAUGGACUUGCAGAGAAGUAUCGGAGAAGUGCCUUAGACGUUGCUGUUUUAAAAGAACAUCUUGCUCUGAGGACUAGUAUAACGCGUCAGGCCACUGCAGUGAGAGAUGACUUGAAAAGUCAAAUCAGAGAUCUGGAGCAGGUGCUCAGUCAGGAACGAUCAGACAUGAAGGACAUCACUGCAGAUCUCAACCGUCAGUAUAAGUCUAUGGAAACAGACCUGCAGGCUAAAGUGAACGGGCUUGAAGUGAGUGUAGACUUGCUUGAAACGCAGCUCGCCGAAUGUCAGGUUAAAUUAAAAUCAGAAAGAGAGCAACGAGAGAAGACAGAAGCAGAAAAAGAUGCCAUCAUUUCUGACCUCCAAAGCAAACUGAACAGUAUGGAGAGAGAGUGUGAGAGAAUCCUGCAUGGCUGUCUGGAUAGUUUGCUCUCUCACCUGGCUGAGACGCGACUGCAGUGGGAAGAACAGAGUACAGUCAUUCAUCAGGAAGUCAAGGACACGCUCAGUGACUUUGGGAUAAACCCGCAUCACAUAUGAGAACGGCUUCAGUUGAGCGCUGUGAACAGAACAGGACCAAGAUAUCUGACCUUUGACAUUAAAAGCAGCAAAUCUUUCUGAAGGAUCAUGUGACACUGAAGUCUGGAGUAAUGGCUGCUGAAAAUUCAGCUUUGCCAUCACAGGAAUAAAAUUUAAAAAUACAUUUAAAUAGAAAAAGUCAUUUUAACUUGUCACUAUAUUUUACAGCAAACUGUUUUACUGUAUUUUGAUUAAGUAAAUACAGCCUUGGUGAGAAUAAGAGACUUUCAACUCUCUGGAUAAUCUUUCUGACUAACUGAAGAUAUAUAUAGAUAUAUUUAGUCUUCCGACGCUGGCUUGUACCGAUAUCAACUUGAACUGAGGUCUAAGUGUUGAUCUGAAAGUUGAUCUGAAAACAUGGUCCUAAUUAUCACUUCACCAUAAAAAGGUCAAGCUGACUUUAAUUGAAAUUAGUGACUUUUAAAAUUAGUUUCAAAUGGGGAAAAAAAUACAUGUGAAGGUCGAGGUUGUCUUGAGUUUCUAAAAAGAAAACUCAAGUCAUCUGAUUUUACAGUUGAUUUAUCCUAUAAAAAGUGAACACUGUUUACAUUUUGAAUUAUGAAACAUAAUGGACAGUUGGACAAUUUUACCAUACCUGAUAUUAGCGUAUUUUGAUGAAGCAGUUUAAACAUUGUAUUAAUAAGCCAUCUUGUGUUUGGACCUAAAUUUCCAUGUAAACAAUUCACUCAUACGGAACUGUCCUUCAAAUGAAUCCUAAAUGAAUUUCCAUGAUCCAAACCGUUUACAUCAGACUGUGCAGUUUUUCCUGUCUACAGCAGGUGUCUCUGUUGUUCUAUUUUUUUUUUUUUAUCGCUCUUCCAAUUUGCAAAGCGUUUUCACGUUUCAAAUCCAAAAUUAUUUUACUAAAAUAACGUAAUAUCCCUUUUAUGAUUUAUUCAUCUCCCUAUAGAAAGUGUAGGAUGUUUACCUGUUGUGUUCUACUUAGUACGAGUCCAAGAGUAAUGCUCUAAUGCCCCUGACAGACGCCAGCUGUUGAUUUAUGGAUGUGAGAUUCCUCAGGAGAACUGACUGUCUGGAAUAAGCUCUACAAACAUUAUCUCAGUACAAAAAAAAUCUCGAUUACACAGAUUCUUGUGUUUAUGCGGUUACAUGUUAAAUAACUGACAUUGUCAUAAUUUUUCAUUCAUGGAAAGUUCAUGACUACAGUGACAUUUUUGAUGCGCAGCAGUCUGUGAUAAACAAUGUCUGCAAAUCUGAAUAAAUGGAAAGCCGA